CAGUACAACUAUCCAAUUCUCAAUCCAUCAAGUCUCUGACUCCGUCAAUUCCCUCACGCGAAAAUGGAUCUCCCUCCCUCUCAAACGCGUCGUCCGCCCAGCUCGCCAUCGUCGCCACCAACCCUCCCCGACGAACUCAUGGCGGAAGUUCUCUCCCUCCUUCCCGUCAAAUCUCUCAUUCAAAUGAAAUGCGUGAGUAAGUUCUUCAACGCCCUCAUUUCCGAUCCCACCUUUAUCAAAAUGCAUCUCCGUCGAUCCGCUCGAAACCCUCAACUCACACUCGUCUCUGGAAAUUCCGUAGCAGAUUUCCGUUUCGUCACUCUCCCUAUCAACAGUUUUCUCGACAAUCCUCUUAUCACCAUUCCGGAGAAGCCUUUCCAUCCAUUGUUGGAUACUGUUCAUUACUGGUUGGUUGGUUCUUGUAACGGAUUGCUCUGCUUUGCUCAUUAUGAUAGUUUCACUGGUAGCUAUAGAGAUUGCUGGCUCAAUUUCUAUAAUCCAGCUACAAAUACUUUAUCUAAGAAAUUAGGCCAUUUUAAGGAUUAUUGCAAGAAUCGUUAUUUCUUCUCUAGAUAUGCAUUUGGUUAUGAUAGUUUAACUGAUAAUUAUAAAGUUGUCGCUUUACGAGUGAUUGGUGGUGACACUGAAACUGAAACUCAAUUGAGAACAGAGGUGAGAGUUUUUAGUGUGGCUGAUAAUGUUUGGAGAGAUAUUCAAGAUUUUCCUGUUGGUCCUCUCCGGUUAACUCUUCCGAGUGAGAAUCAUGGUGUUUAUUUGAAUGGCAAUCUUAAUUGGCUGGCGCUACGGAAUUGUUACUCCGCGGAUAGGUUUUAUCAUAGUAAUGAUAUUACUCUUGAUCAAUUUGUUAUCAUUUCGCUUGAUCUGGGUGCUGAGAGACACGUGGAGUUAAUGCCUCCGCAGGGUUUGGAGGAAGUGCCGCUUAUUGAGCCGACUAUUUCUGUGUUGAUGGACUCUCUUUGUUUUUGUAAUGAUUUCAAACAAACUUGUUUGAUUAUAUGGCAGAUGAAGGUGUUUGGGGUUGGAGAGUCUUGGACUCAACUCUAUAGAAUUAAUUAUCAAAAUCUUCAACACAUUGGAUGUUGGUUGCCGUUGCACAUUUCUCAGGAUAAGAAUACUUUGGUAUUGGCAAACAAGCGAGACUUGCUAGCUAUUAUCUAUGAUUGGGCAAAUAACAGAGUAGAGAUAGUUACCAAUAAACCACGAUGGGCCUUUUGCAAGGAUUAUGUUGAAAGUUUGGUUUUUAUUCGUUGAAAAUCGACAACCCCAAAUUCAAGCACAUCUGGUGCUAUUGAUAGAACGUGGUGGAGUGCUUGCAAGAAAAAGGAUGAGGCUUAAUGGAACUAUGGAUAAUUUCAUCUAUUACAAUACUCAUUUUAUUGAACACAUUAUGGCCUUCUGAUGUUGAACUUUAGGUUUCUUCGGAAACAUAUGCAGUGUAGUAACUUUCUGCUUUAUAAUUUGCUGGUUUUUGAUAAAACAAUUUUACAUGUUCUGAGAGACUGUAACAUAAGCAGACAGGUAUGGUUGAGGAUAGUUGACAAAAAUCACUGGGCUAUUUUCUUUAGACUGCAAUUUCAAGAGUAGAUGGAUUUCAACAUGACAUCAGCAAUAACAAGAGUGGUAAUUGAAAAUUUGUAAGGCUUUAUGGGCUACAACUUGUCACUCGCUUGGUAUAGGAGGAACCAAAGAAUGUAUGUGGAUGAUUAUGUCUUGCCACAUAACUUAGCAAUAGAUAUUGAGGAUAAGGAGCAGUAUUACUUUAGGAGCUUAGAGCUGAACAACAAGAUUGCAGCAAGGAACAAGGAGGUGAAGCAAGUUCAUUGGAGUCCUGCUAGUGGUGACUGGACAACUUUCAAAACGGAUGGCUCGGUAAAUUAUGCUGGCUUGGCAAGCUGUGGAGGCUUAAUGAGGAGGAGUGAUGGCACUUGGAUUCAGGGAUUCCCUAAGAUGCCUGGUAAUUUUCCUUCUGUAGUAGCUGAUCUAUGGGGAAUCUUUGAAGGCAUUAGAAUGGUCCAGAGCAAGGGAAUCACGAAGGUGGAAAUGCAAACUAAUUCAUAGGAGAUCUGUAAUGCCUUAGUUCAAGAGAAUUUUCAGUUGUUUGGAUACUGUGUGAAAUAAUUUGUUAGAGGAUUUAGGACUUGGCCAUGUCCAUAUGUUUUUCUGCAUUAUUUACUGGUGCUUUAAAUUGUAUGGGGGUUGCGCUAACUGGAUGUUUUUUAGAAGCCCUUUGAAUUAAUGGUAUUGAUGUAACUAUGAAUUAGGAUCCACAAGCAUAAUACAACUCGUACACAAUA